AUGGCCAGCAUCCGCCGCCUUGCUCUCUAUCUCGGAGCUUUGCUCCCAGCUGUCCUCGCUGCCCCUGCAGUUCACCACAAGGCUCCCGAGGCUGUUCCCAACAAGUUUAUUGUCACUCUCAAGGAGGGUGCGUCGAUUGAUACUGAUUCUCACCUGACUUGGGUGAAUGACCUCCACCGUCGUUCUCUUACCAAGCGUAACACCGCUGGUGUUGAGAAGACAUACAACAUCCACACUUGGAAUGCCUACGCCGGCGAGUUUGAUGAGGAAACCAUUGAACAGAUCAAGGCUAGCCCUGAUCCAGACUACAUCAUGUACUUGUCUGACAUCGUUGAGGACAAGCGCGCCUUGACCACCCAGACCGGUGCUCCUUGGGGUCUUGGUACUGUUUCCCACCGUACCUCCGGCUCUACUAGCUACAUUUAUGAUACCUCUGCUGGCAGCGGAACAUAUGCCUACGUUGUUGACUCCGGUAUCAAUACUUCUCACCAGCAGUUUGGUGGACGUGCCACCCUCGGCUACAACGCCGCUGGAGGACAGCACGUUGACACUCUUGGCCACGGUACUCACGUUUCAGGAACUAUUGGUGGCUCUACUUAUGGUGUUGCUAAGCAGGCCAAUCUCGUCUCUGUUAAGGUCUUCCAGGGAAACAGUGCUAGCACUUCAGUCAUUCUUGACGGCUACAACUGGGCUGUGAACGAUAUUGUCUCGAAGAGCCGGGCUAGCAAGUCCGCCAUCAACAUGUCGCUUGGAGGCCCCUCUUCUUCCACUUGGACUACCGCUAUCAAUGCAGCCUAUAACCAGGGUGUUCUUACUAUCGUGGCUGCCGGUAACGGUGACAGUCUCGGAAACCCCCAGCCUGUCUCUGGCACUUCUCCUGCCAAUGUGCCCAAUGCUAUUACUGUUGCUGCUAUCGACAUCAACUGGCGAACUGCUUCUUUCACCAACUACGGUGCUGGCGUUGACGUUUUCGCUCCUGGUGUUAACAUUCUGUCCUCAUGGAUCGGCUCGAACACUGCCACCAACACCAUCAGCGGUACCUCCAUGGCUACUCCUCACGUUGUCGGCCUUGCUCUUUACCUCCAGUCUCUCGAGGGCCUUUCCACCCCCGCUGCUGUCACCAACCGCAUCAAGGCUUUGGCCACCAGUGGCCGCGUCACUGGCAGCCUUAACGGCAGCCCCAACGUCAUCAUUUUCAACGGAAACAGCGCUUAA